CGGGCAAAGCAAAACAAAGGCGGCGGCGGCGGGAGCGCGGGGCUCGGCAGGGCUCGGCACGGCACGAUGCCUCGCCGCCCCUCGGCCCUCGGCGCGGCACACGCGCGCCCGGCCCCCGUCUAUGACCCGCCCGGCGGCCACCGCCGAGACGGUACCUUCGAGGCGAGGGAAGCCGUCGUGUCCCCCCCCAAACCUCCCUCUUUGUUUGAAGGUGAGGGCCCGGCGCUGACCGCCGCGCGAGCACCGGGGGUCCCGCCUCCCUCCUGCCCGUGCCCCCUGAGGAGAGGGGCCCGGGGGCUGCUCAUAGCCCGGGCUGGGAGCGGAGCCGGCGUAGCGGUUGUGACUGUUUCUCUUCUGUCAUUUGUGUGGAAAGUGCCACACACACUCCAGAACAACAACGGCUUUUGCUUGCAUAUUCCAGUGUUUCUUUUGUCAGCGAGUUCAGCAAAGUUGUAAUUCUUCAAGUGCCAGCCCUGAGCUGAGUGAGGAGCCACCAGCAGAGAUGGUAAAAAUGACAAAAUCAAAAACGUUCCAGGCUUACCUGCCAAACUGUCACCGAACCUACAGCUGUAUCCACUGCAGAGCCCAUCUCGCCAAUCACGAUGAACUGAUCUCCAAGUCCUUCCAGGGAAGCCAGGGACGAGCCUACCUCUUCAAUUCUGUGGUAAAUGUGGGCUGUGGUCCAGCAGAGGAGAGAGUUCUUCUGACAGGUUUACAUGCUGUAGCAGAUAUCUAUUGUGAAAACUGUAAAACCACUCUUGGAUGGAAAUAUGAACAUGCUUUUGAGAGCAGUCAGAAAUACAAAGAAGGAAAAUUUAUCAUUGAACUUGCCCACAUGAUAAAAGACAAUGGUUGGGAGUGAAACAUAACGUUGUUCCUUCUGUUUGGACUCUGUUCUGUGGGACAGGCUUUACAAAGACUAAGGAAGAGCUUGGCUAGAGUGGCCCUGAGAAUAUCACUGAACUCUGAAACCUCACAAAUGAGUAGUGUAGUGUAAGUGGCUAUUUCAGGCCAUGUUUGCCUUUUCUCCUUGUGUAAGUUCCCUCUUUUUGUACGUGUAUUAUUGUGUGAACAGUUGUUUUGGAACAUUUUGGAUGACCUUUUUCUAAACUCUCUCUUGACUAGAGAAACAGUUCAGUAAUUGAAAACGGAUUUUACUGGUUAGCAUCUCUCUCUGACCUAUGCCUUUAAUGCUACCUUCUGCUGUGCAUGCUUCUUGCCUAAACACCUCCACUCCGGUCCUGUAGAAGUUCUGUACCUGAGCAGUCUGAAAGAAUGUACGGGAUGGGGUGCUUUUUUAUUAAAUGUAGCAAUUUCUGAUGUGUUUGGCAGUGAAGAGGAUGCAGUAUUGUAGUUAUUAAUUUCUUUUUUAAAUUUGAGUGUACCACAACCUAUGUACAUCUUUUAGGUGAAUUGGUUAAAGGUACAGUGCUCACUUCAAAAGAAAAUAUUUCAAUUGCACUGACUGAAGUUAGCAGGUCUCAAGUUGUUAGGACAGGUUAUGCCAGAGGUUUGGUAUCUUAAUGAAAUAACAUAGAUUUUAAAUCAAUAAUGCUAUAGAAUAUGUUCAUUUAAGACCAACAUAUUCCCUAAGGAGUUUGCUGGAUAAGAAAUUUAUAAAACUGUAACUUGCUAGAUUAAAAAGAAAUAUAUAUGCAUCUUCUAUUUUGGAAAAAAAAACAUUAGUUGCUGUAUUAGGAAAAAACAAAGUUUUGGUACUGUACCUUUGCCAGUAACAGGGACUUGUGCAUCAGUAAAGUUUUAUGGCUGGUUCCAUGUAACUGUAUAGUCCUAAUGCACUGGACAAAGAGGUUGAUGUCAAGGAAACUUGUUGAAGUAUUCUGCUUCUGCUACAUUUGAACAAAAGUAUUUAUUUUUGUGAGAAAUUGCAAGAGCCUAUGACAUGAAAAUUAGUAUAGUACCUGUAGGAAAAGGAGAAGGAAUAAGAGGGAAGUUUGACUUGUUUUUUCAUAAAAUAGCAAGGUAGUUUUUAAAAUUUGGGGGUGGGGAAAGGGUUUCCUGGUUUGCUGGCUAAAUCAUCCCCAAGUACCUUUUUAUAAUAAAAAUUUAUAUGAAAGUCACCUUCUCUUUUGUUCUCAUGCUGUUUCUUUCAUGGAAUCAGUUAAUGAGAGAAACUUCUGGAAAGUGUAUGCACAAUAUGAGCUGUUGGUAUCUGUGUAAUGCAAACUGAGCAACUGUGAAAGAAGUGCUCUACAUAAAUUUGCUAACUUAAUUUUCAAAUUAAACAGACUCUGAAGACUUUUUGUAUUUGAAUCCUUUUAAUGCUUGAGGAUAAAAGAUGUUUGGAAAAAAACCCUUUAACACUACAUAAGUCCUAUCACUGAACAGUACAGAAGCCUUGCAAUACAAAAUCCUUUUCUCUCAAUAACAAUUCUUAACUGGCACCUGUGAAGCUGGUCACGGGUGCUGCUGCUGCUGUUCCGCUUUUGGGAAUCUCUGAUGGGCUUUCUGAACUCUGCUGCACUUUAGAAAUUGUCAUACAUGAAAAAUUAUGCCAAUGGGUAGAGGCAAUACAGAUCUUCAAAACCAGCUUUCCAGUGUUUUUGUGGAGAGGAGGAAUGGGAAGAGCAUUCACCCACGUGCACACGUUCUCUGUGAUCCAGGCUGGCUAAACUACAUUCAAGAUGUUGUAGUGAUCUAUACCUGUGAAUUAAAAAUGUAAGAAUUAGAGAAGUAGUUGAAGCUGUUGGGUUUCAGUCCAGAGACCUUAGGUGGUACAGUCAUGUUCAACCUGGAUUUUGUGACUCACACGUUACUACUUCAUGUUCACAUCAGGCUUUGAGGUCUCAUUUUUAACAAUGUUGUUGAUGCAAGAUGGGCUUUGGUGUUGCCUGUCUUGUGAUCUUUUUGACCUGGAAUUCUUGGGAUUUUGUUUUCCACCAUUGUAAUGUAUGUUGCCAACAAAGAAGGCGCUAAAACUGUCAGCAAAAAGCUUGUGUUGGCUCCAAAGUCCUGUUGCAGUGUUGAUACUUGUGAACACGUUUAUGUGAAGUUUGUGUCUCUUUGGGCUUUUCUUAUUGCCUGGCUACAGAUGUGUUGAGGCAGUACACUGGACUGAAGACAAGAGUAAUGGUUGCUUUUCCAUAGCUGAAAUUAAAGAGAAUAUGUAAAGUAUUACAGAUUUUUCUCUCCAAAAUUGGGGGUUUGGCUCUCUCUUGUUUGUAAGCUCAUGCUGUCUGUAACACAGUCUGAUUCUUAGAAAUUCAACCUCUUUCUUCAGUGCAUUAUUUAUAUUUCAAACUGGACAUUUUCACCAAAACCUUAAUUAACUUUGAUGCCAAAGGUUGGGACUUCAAGUGCUUAGCACAUAGAGCUUCAGACUGCUGGCAUAGAGUUAAUGAUCUAUAUGUGAUGCUUAUGGCUUUAAGAGAACAAAACAAAGCAAUAUUCUUUUUGGUCUGUCAUGAAGAGUGGAUGCUUAGAAGAAGUAAAGAGCAGAACUAAUACAGAAUUGCUAUUUUUUGCUGCCAUGUAACAAUUCUUGAGGCUCGUCCUAUUGAGGGAAUAUGUGAAUUUUCUUCCUGUGUUGUUUGGCGGCAUCGAUAAUUAUUUUCUCCCCACAUUAAGGUGUAGAGAGUUCUUGUUAUUGGUUUUGGUGAAAGUCGAAUCCAGAUAGCAAUGGCUGCUGGCUGAUGUGAAAAGGUCAGUCUGGUCACUGAACCCUCCAGCAGUCAUUUAAAAGAAAAAUAAACUUACUUGAAAAAAAAAUUUUACUAAAGCAUUUUCCCUCUAACCAAUUUUUGUAAUAUAUUAAAGAUUAUAUUUAAAGUUUGUAUGUGUUUGCUCUGGGCAAGUUUACUUCCCCUCCAACUUGAGCACUUUUGUUACUUGUACUGGUUAUUUUUAUUGUUGGUCUUAACAUUUAUUUUGUAUUUUGUUUUUUAUAAACUGUAACAAAAAGCUGUUGUGAACCUUUGAUUCUUGCUGGCUCUUUCUUGGACCAAAUGAACUGACUAUGAGCUGGCUUAGAAGAAAUGUUCAUUGGGAUGCAUAGGAAUUUGCUAGCAAAAAUGUACAUGUACUGAAAGUGUUUUUCCACUGAACUUCUAAAGCCACACCUGUCCUAAAGUAAUUAAUCCUAAUUUGGUGUGACUUUAGUAACCUGACCACACAUUCUCUGUCUAGGUCCAAAGUCACGACUUUAACAAUGAUGUUCCAGGGCUGAAUCUGCCUCCAAAUCCUAGAGUUCUUCUUUGGCUGGUCACUUUUUGAUUAAUAAAAGGCAACCCUGCCAUCUCAAAAAAUUCUGUUAAGUUGCAAACUUGCUGUGAAAUAAACUGCAGAAUUUGGUGAGGGGUUGCUGAGGCAUCAACCUGACCACUGUUGCUGUAUGCUUUCAGCAGUGCAGUAAUCUUAAUUUUAUCUGCCAGUUCAAAGGGCCAGAACAUGAAUUUCCCUUGCUUACUAUACACAUUGUUCACAUUGUAAACUACACAGUGGCAAACUGUGUGAAGGAAGUUCGUUACAGCUCCAUCCUAAUUUCCCAUAGCAAGGCCCGGGGUGCUGACAGUGUCCAGUGCUGUGCCCGUGUGCUCGCGGUCCAGGGGAGGGGGGGAAUGCAGUUUGUGACAUUUCUUUGAAAUAAAAACUGGCCUCAGAGGCUCUGACAAAGUCAUCACUGCCCAUAACCAACUGGUAUUUGUAUUUAUUACUGCUGUGUCAGUGCAAGAGUUCCCGAAGGCUGUGCACCAUUUUUGGUGGAUUUCUACUUCCCUCCAAGUGAUGAUUGAACAUCUCCUACACGCUCAUCUCUGCAGUCAGAUUGCAACAGCAGGGACCUACAGUCUCACAGACCAAAUUCCACCUAUCUCCAUAGAAGCUUCAAAUUAUCAUUGGACACUUUAUUGGACUUCAUUGAGACUCGUGUUAAGCCAACCAGCAGUACAAACAUUUACUGGAAAAGGAACAGAUGCUUCAGAUGUUUCUUUUAAAAGGACUGUUACAAGUGGUUUAAGGUCUAAAGCAUGAGUCGUAAAUGGCAGUUGAGUUGUGCCUCAUUGUUUCUUAAACUCUUGAAAAUGCUUUCUUUUACAGGUGACAUGGCUGUGUUGCUGUUUUGUCCUAGCAAUACUGUACAUCAUUUGUUGUUUCACUAUAUUGUAUCUACUUGAGGUAUCACAAUAAAAGCUUUCAAUUGUUUUGUUGGGUUA